CCGUCAUCCAAUCAAAACGUUUGUAUAGAAAACGGGCGGGCCUUAGUCGCCACUAGCGUCUUCUUCUUUGGUGCGACUUGUUGCAACUUCCGGCUGCAUCGUCCUCUGAAAAUCACAACCAUGGGCAGUGUUUUGGCUGCCAGUUCCCCCAACCCUCCACCACCAGCCUCUGGUGUUGCUGCUGCCCCCGGGUUGACGGUGCCAAAGGGCUUUGGGAUGCCUCCAGUCUCCCCGGUUAUACCCCCGACUGCGGCAGCCUCUGAACAGCAGCAGGAGGCAGAAAACCCUUUGCCGAACCCGGGCGCCUUCGAUGAGUGUCAUCGCAAAUGCAAAGAGGUUUUCCCUAUGCAGAUGGAAGGCGUCAGGCUGGUUGUUAACAAGGGCCUUAGCAACCACUUCCAGGUGAAUCACACUGUGCUGCUGAGCACCAUGGGCGAUUCCAGCUACAGGUUUGGUGCUACAUACGUUGGACCAAAGCAGACGGGUCCAGCCGAGUUUUUUCCAGUCAUGGUGGGAGACAUGGACAACAGCGGCAGCCUUAACGCUCAGAUCAUCCACCAGAUCACUAACGGAAUACGAUCCAAAGUGGCCUUCCAGACACAACAAAACAAGUUUGUGAACUGGCAAGGUGAUGCUGAGUUCAGGGGAGAAGAUUUUACUGCAACUGUUACACUUGGAAACCCAGAUGUCCUCGUCGGCUCUGGUAUUGUUGUAACUCAUUACCUCCAGUCCAUAACGCCGGCUCUGGCUCUGGGAGGGGAGCUGGUUUACCACCGUAGGCCAGCAGAGGAGGGCACGGUGAUGUCUUUGGUUGGCAGAUACACAGGCAGUAACUACAUCGCCACGUUGACACUCGGCUCAGCGGGAGCUCAUGCUUCUUACUACCACAAAGCCAAUGAUCAGCUGCAGGUCGGUGUGGAGUUUGAGGCGAGCGCCCGGAUGCAAGACACCAGUGUGUCAUUCGGUUACCAGCUAGAUGUACCUAAAGCCAAUUUACUGUUUAAAGGUUCAGUAGACAGCAACUGGAUAGUAGGUGCGACAUUAGAAAAGAAGUUGCUCCCACUGCCGCUCUCUCUGGCCCUUUGCGCCUUCCUCAACCACCGCAAGAACAAGUUCCAGUGCGGUUUUGGCGUCACCAUCGGUUAGACUGACUGAGCCGUUAUCGACCUGCGGACGGACUUCACAGAACCGACAGAUUCACUAUGGACGAACAGACUAUGCCAUGUGCUAAACACUACUGUGUGUCCCAUCACCUCCAGCUGUCUCCGACCUCCUUAGUAGAUUCGGCCAUUAUCAUGUCAUUGCUUUCCUAGAUCAUGUUUCAUCAACUAUGAUGAGUAGAAACACUUGAAAGGUAAAAAUGUACAUCUAAUGACUUUAAUCCUUUAAUCGCAUGAAUGAUCAGAAUUGUAACAAAGAAUGUGAUUGGUCAGGAAUUUGACUGUGGACUCUCGACGCAAACACACAAACCAAUAGUUAGAAAGACGCAACAUAUUAAGAGACGUUACAGAAUUACAGAGCUCUUUGUUUUUGUCACUGAGUUCAGUGCCUGUUGCGUUUUGUUUUAAAUUUUAUUCUUCUUUUUUUUUUUUUUUACCGUAAAAUCUGUCUGGGCGUGCAGUGAAUGAAAUCGUUGUCAGCGUUGGAAGAAGUGUGCUGUACUGUGUGUCACGUUCACAAUGCAUCACUUGUUUCGUUGCCUUUUUUUUUAAUGUUGCAUACAUUUGGAACAAUAUAUUUGACCUGUAUAUACCUCUUGGAAAGUGAUAAAUACCAUUUCUUACAAAAA